AUGGAAGGCCGGGCCUCUCCGCCGACGACCAAAUCGGCCAAGUUCGCGGUCUACCAGAACCCAUCCCUUUCUGCUGCCCUAACCGCUGCCAGCCUUCAACCCUCCAAAUCCUCUUUGCUCUACAUCGUGUUCUUCUCCUCUGCCUCCGCGCUCGCCCUUUUCUCCAUCGUCUCCAGGGAAAAUGGGUUAAUAGAAAUGAUGAAAAUUGGUCAUCUCUCCUCAGGAGCAGCUUAUGUGUUUGCCAAGGCAAUCGAGGGUGUGGUGGGGCUGCUCUUCCUUGGAUGUGUUUUUGGCCUUCUUAAAGUCAGUUCCUGGCAUUGGGUUGGAAAUGUUGCUCAGGUGCCAACUCAAAAAGAAACAAAGGACCUGCCAAAAUUGACAAACCGUCAACUAGGGUUUUUGGGUAUAAGGCCAAAAUUUGAAGCAACUUCAGCAGAUUCUUCAAAGAAACCUCCCAAGUCCAAAAACACACCAGCAUCAGACAUGCUUGUUCCGAUUCACCUACCAAUUACUGCUUCUAAUCUCAAGUCUCGAGUCACCUCUGAUAAAUCAAGUGUUGGUAGCGGGAAUAGGAUGACCUCUUUCAGUGCGCCAUCCAAAUCACAAACUUCCCCAUCGUCUCUGUAUCUUGUACCAGGAGCCAGUUCGCCGCUACCUUCUGGACAAGCUUCCCCUGCAAUGGAAUCAGCUGUUUCAACUCCUUGGUCAAGUAAGAGAGCCUCCUUUGUCAAAGAAAUAGCAACAGAAGAGGAACUUGAGAAGUUCUUGGCAGAUGUUGAUGCCAAAAUUAAUGUAUCAGCUGGGAAGCACACAACUCCACCCCCAACAGUACGAGGUUUUGGCAUAUUAAGUCCUGGUACUAUUUCGAGUCCAGCUAAUACAUCUGGAACUACUAGGAGUACACCCUUGAGGCCGGUGAGAAUGUCUCCUGGUUCCCAGAAAUUUACCACUCCUCCAAAGAAAGGAGAAGGGGAACUUCCUUCGCCAAUGUCCAUGGAAGAGGCUCUUGAAGCUUUCAAGCAUUUAGGGAUCUAUCCCCAAGUAGAGCAGUGGCGUGAUCGCCUCAGACAAUGGUUUUCUUCAGUUCUACUUAGUCCUUUGGUUAACAAGAUAGAGACCAGUCAUAUCCAGGUUAUGCAAACAGCUGCAAAACUUGGGUUUUCGGUUACAGUUAGUCAAGUGGGAAAUGAUUCAGUAUCUGUUGAAACACCUGCUACUCUCUCUUCUAUCGAUAGGAAGGAAUGGCAACCAGCAUUCACACUUGAUGAAGAUGGACUUCUUCAUCAACUACGUGCUAGCCUUUUACAUGCUAUUGAUGCUUCUACACCUAAGUUUAACCAAUUCAAUCUACAGCAGUCUCCGCAGCAGAAUCCUAUGAUACCUAUUAUGCAGGAAUGUUUAGAUGCCAUUACUGUACAUCAAAAGCUCCAUACAUUGAUGAAAGGAGAGUGGGGUAAAGGUUUGCUGCCACAUGGUAAUGUCCGGGAAGAUUACAUGGUGCAAAGAAUUCGAGAUCUUGCAGAAGGAACCUGCGUGAAGAAUUAUGAGUAUGUUGCAACAGGAGAGGCCUAUGAUAGAAAGAACAAGAAGUGGACUCUUGAACUUCCAACUGAUUCUCAUUUGCUGUUGUAUCUAUUCUGCGCCUUCCUUGAACACCCAAAGUGGAUGCUCCAUGUGGAUCCAACUUCCUCUGCUGGUGCCCAAUCCAGCAAAAACCCAUUAUUCUUGGGCGUUCUACCAGCCAAAGAAAGGUUUCCUGAGAACUACAUUUCUGUUGUUUCUGCUGUUCCUUCCAUUCUUCAUCCUGGAGCUUGCGUGCUUGUCGUCGGGAAGCAAAGCCCUCCAGUAUUUGCUUUGUAUUGGGACAAGAAGCAGCAGCUCUCUCUCCAGGGGAGGACAGCUUUGUGGGAUUCAAUCAUACUUUUGUGCCACAGAAUCAAGGUUGGCUAUGGAGGGGUUGUUCGAGGAAUGCAUCUUGGUUCGUCAGCCCUCAACAUUCUUCCAGUUCUUGAAUCUGAAAACGAAGACUAA